CAUAGUUAAAUCAGUAAAUAACGAAAGAAAAUGGCGACGGGUGGGUGUGAAAAAACUUCGGACGAGUUAUUUAAUUUUAAAUGCACACCUUGUGGUGAACUUAAUAAAGUUAAAGAAGCUGUAAAAUAUUGUGUACAAUGUCAAGGAUAUUGCUGUCAGACUUGUGUGGACACACAUCGUGUAUUUCCUGCUCUAAAAGGACACACACUGGUGGAUAAAUUAAACUUAAAGUCAAAAUUAGUAGCAACUGAACUUCCAGUCGUCCCUACGGAGACAUGUAGUACCCAUGGAAUAAAAAUUCUGGACAUGUACUGUGAGAACCAUGACGUUGUUGGAUGUACAAGUUGUAUAGCUCUUGACCACAGGAGUUGUUCAGACGUCCACCUUAUACCGGACGUUAUCGAUAACCUUCUCAGCAAAUCUGACGCAGGUAAAAUAGAUCAGAAGUUACAAGACAUGAAGAUGGCGAUGAAAGAAAAUAAAACAAGUAGGGAAGCUCUUAUUGAAAGGUUAAUUAAAUCUAAAACAGAGGCUAAAAAGGAGCUAAUGGAUUUCGGAAAAGAGAUGGAAACGUUUCUAAAAUCUCUCGAGAAAGAAUCUUUAAAGGAAAUUGAAGAACAAUUCAGACAGAUGAAGCUACAAUUAGAGGAGGAGAAAAAAGGAGCAGAAGAUGAAUUGGACAUUUUAAAACAAGCUGAGGAGGGUAUGGUGAAAGCGAAAGGGAACAGAGCCCAACAAUUUGUUUCCCUGAAAACUGCGCAGAAUAUAAUUGCUCAAACCGAAGAGAUGUCUUGCUCACAACGAUUAACAAAUGAUGCAAAUAUAUCAUUCGCUCCUGAUUCAACUAUACGUAAUUUCUUAUUAAAAUGUAAGACGCUUGGAUCAGUCAACCACGAUGUUGCCACACAGACGCAACAAAGGAAAGCGUUGUAUGCAAUUAAGGCAACUAGAGAAUUUAAUAUCAAAAUGCAAAAUGAUGUGAUACCCUGUUGGGUACAUGGUUCAUGUUUAACAGAAGACGGUGCCCUGCUUAUGGCUGACUAUAGCAAUUUCUCACUAAAACGAGCAAAUAAUGUCACAAAUCCAGUACUGGAUCAUUGUAAUUUACCCGAUAACCCUUACAGUGCAUGCUGCGUAAGUAAGCACGAAGCGGUCGUCACUUUAAGAAACAACACUAUUCAAUUUGUCUCCCUUGUCGGUCAGAUGACGCCUACACGUCAGAUAAAGCUGUACCAUAAUUGCUUUGGUGUCGCUUACAAGAGAGAUAGAUUAUAUAUAACUGAUAACAAUAAGGCACUCUAUAUACACGAUAUGACAGGAAACCUACUGCAGAAAAGUUCACAAAACAUUUCCGGGAAUAAUCAGCAUAUUGUUUUCAGUGAUACUGGAAGUGAAACGUUUGUAACAUGCACCGAUAAAGGCCUUGUAAUUCUUGAUGUGGAUGCAAAACAUACGAACACUUAUACUGUUCCAGAGUUGUUAGUUACAACAGGAGCUUGUUCAGAUGGACAUGGUAACCUGUUUUUGUGUGGAUACAGUUCAAGUAAUGUUAUCCAAAUUGGACAAGAUGGAAAUAAAAUUGGUGAAAUAGUGAAACCAUUAAAUGGGCUGAAAAAUCCUCAGUCAUUGUGCUUUGACCACCGGACUUCAACUUUGGUUGUUACACAAUCAAACAGCGACAUAGUGAAAUUAACUGAUAAAUCAGACAGACCGAAACGCGAAUGUACCUUUAUCUCUAGGUCAUUCAAAAAGGAAGAGAUAUCCAGUUUCCAAAUGGCGUCCGGUGGGAGUGAAGACACAUCAGAUGAGAUAUUCAAUUUUAAAUGUUCGCCUUGUCUGGCUAAAAAUCGGAACAGAGAAGCUGUGAAAUAUUGCGUGGAAUGUCAGGGAUAUUAUUGUCAGUCUUGUGCUGACGUUAUUCAUAUGAUACCUGGUUUAAAAGUUCACACACUUUUGGAUAAUUCAAAUUAUACGUCACCAAGUCUCUAUGCAGGAUUACCAGCAGUACCGACGGAGAGAUGUAGCAUUCAUGAGACAAAGAUCGUGGACAUGUACUGUGGUUAUCAUGAUGAGGUUGGUUGUACAACUUACAUGGCUUUAAGCCACAGGUCUUGUGCUGAUGUGCAGUCCAUUUCAGAUAUUGUCGACAGUAAAUUUCAAACGACAGAUGUUGACAAAAUACACCAAAAGUUGCAAGACUUGAAAAUGAUGAUGGAGAAAACUAUGAACAUUAGACAAAGACUGAUAGAAGACUUAAAGAAGUCUAAGAAGGAAGCAGUGAUUGCGAUCAACGACUUUCGAAAAGAAAUGGAAACAAUUCUUGAACAACUAGAAAAAGAAUCGAUUAAAGAAUUGGAGAUGAAGUUCAUAGAAGAAGAAUCGAAACUGCUGGAAGAGAAGAAGAAAGCACAAAUUGAUUUAGAUGGUUUGAAACAAUCAGUGAACGAUUUGAAGAAAUCGGAAGGAAACAAAGCUCAACAAUUUGUCUCCAUAAAAAUGUCCCUGCAAAUUAUCGCAAAAACGAAAGACGUAUCUAGCUCAUUGCAAACAAGUGUUGAUGCAAAUAUAUCCUUUAGCUUUGAUCCUGCCAUACUGGAAUUUCUACAGCAGUUGAAAACUUUUGGAUCGGUCCGACAUGUGUCUACCACUGAUUUAAGCUCCCCAAGGACAACCGCCUAUUCUGUUAAAAGAAUCGAGAAUUUAAACAUCAGAAGUCAGAAGGACAAAAACACAUGUCGUGUGUAUGGAUCCUGUCUAACAGAAGAUCGAUCACUUCUGUUAGCUGAUUGUAGCAAUUUUAAGAUUAAACGUGCAGAUAUUGUAAACAUGUCAGUGACAAAUUAUUGUUCUGUUCCUUCUGGACCUACUGGCGUUUGUUGUACAAGUAAAAGUGAAGCUGCAGUCUGCCUGCAAUAUAGCACAAUUCAGUUUGUCUCCCUUGGCAAGCAGAUGACAACCACUCGUCAGAUGAAACUGAACCAUAAUUGCUUUGGCAUCGGCUAUAAGGAUGAUAAACUAUACAUUACUGACAACUAUCAGUCGUUAUACAUACAUGACAUGACAGGCAACAUGCUACAGAUGGUAGCUCGAGACAACGCCGGGCAAAACCUGUUCUCAAACAGUCGAACUGUUGCAUUCAGUGAUGUUGAUGAUAAAGUGUUUGUUGCCAGCUUGGAUAAAGGUCUAGUAAUUAUGGAUGGACAAGGAAAACACUGUCAGACAUUCACUGAUUCAGAAUUAAAGGCAGCGGCUGGAGUUUGUACAGAUCGUAGAGGAAAUCUGUUUAUGUCCGGGUACAGUUCAAAUAACGUGAUACAGAUAGGAAGAGAUGGGAAGAAAAUGGGAAUGGUCUUGAACUCAUCAAACGGAUUGAAGUGGCCGUUAUCACUUUGUUUUGACAUGAGACAGAGCAAACUAGUUAUUACCCAAGAAAGAAGUGAUGCUGUAAAAAUAAUUCAUUUGCAAUAAAAAGGAAUGUAAAUCAACACUUUGUUACAGUUGGGCGUAUUUUCAUGCUAUUCUUUUCUGUGCUAUACAGUCAAACCUGUGUGUUUAAGACCACCUCUAAACAGAGACCACCUGGCUCUAAAGACCACAUGUUUUGUUUCCCAUUUUAACAUUUACAGUGUAGUUUCACCUGUGAAUAAAGACCAACUCCCUAUAAAGACCACAUCCUGGCUCUCCCAAGGGUAGUCUUUGAAACAGGUUUGACUAUAUAUGGAUUAAUGCUUCGGAAUGUGUAAUGUUGAAACUAAUUUAAUUGGCAUACAUGUGUAUUAAGCUUUGCUAAUACUUCAGGAUUUAUUCCUCGGUUGAACAUGAUAAACCUAUACGAAAUAUGUGUAAAAGACUUACCUGACUUUUAUUUAGUUCAUAUUGGUCGUAGCGCGCUGCUAGACUCAAUUUCUCAGUCAGUUUAGAAUGUAUCAUAUCUAUACCACCGACAGAAGCAUUUUAUACAGCAUCUAUAUGUCUGCUUACCGAAAGGGAGGAUACUAUUAAUUUAACGGAAUAAAAAAACCCGAUAUAAUUCUUUUACUUUACUCAAUAAAUUGAAAGAAACAAACACUAGUUAUUUCACUAAAUAUGACAAUGAAAUCUUGAUCAUCAAUAUCUAAUUAUCUGAUCUUGUCGGGGCUAAAAAUCAGUAAGUCACUGUUUAUAACUUAACCUGAAAUAAGUCGUUAGUAAAAUAUGUAUCAU